AUGUGGAGGUUAACGUGUGUGGCCAUGCUCAUAUGCGUCAAAGAUUCUCGUUCUCAUUUGAACGUUUGUGGUCGUGCCCCUCUAUACCCCCGUGUUGUGGGUGGUGCAGACACACAUGAGGGUGCAUGGCCGUGGAUGGUUAGUCUUCACAGCCCCAAAUAUAAAGGCCAUUUCUGCGGAGGUUCCCUCAUCAGCAGUGAAUGGGUGUUAACUGCAGCUCACUGUUUCGCUAGCGUCAACACGUUCAGCGUCUGUGUGUAUCUGGGAAGGAGGACACAGCAGGGCGAUCAUGGGCAUGAAAUCAGCAGAGGCGUCAGUACGCUCCUCAUUCACCCGUCCUACAACAGCGACACCUACAACAAUGACAUCGCUCUCCUGCGUCUGUCCUCUUCAGUCAGCUUCACCAACUAUAUCAGACCCGUGUGUUUAGCUGCAGAAAACAGCCACUUCCCAUCCGGCACCAGCAGCUGGAUCACAGGCUGGGGACAAACCGCAUUUGGAGUGAAUUUGUCUUAUCCCGGGACUCUGCAGGAGACUGUGGUUCCAGUGGUAAUUAAUUCUGAAUGUAAUAAUCUGCUGGGUGCCGACCUCAUUACAGACAACAUGAUGUGUGCUGGUUUACUGCAGGGAGGAAAAGACACCUGCCAGGGGGACUCUGGUGGGCCAAUGGUGAGUCCGCAGUGUUCAGUGUGGGUUCAGUCUGGUAUCAUCAGCAGAGGUCAUGACUGUGGUCAGCCCGGUGAACCUGGUGUGUACACUCGUGUGUCACAGUAUCAGCAAUGGAUCACCACCUCCACUGGCCAAAACAUCCCAGGAUUUGUCAUCUUCAAUCCCCUAAUCUCAUGCCCUUCUGCCAGCCAGGAUAAAAAUAUAUAGCCUUAUACAUGUGUAUCUCGCAGAUACAUUACAUUCAUUUCUGCAGGUUGAGGUAUAGUCAUAUAAAACACACUCAUCAGUACUUCCAGGAACUGCAAUGCCAGUACCCAGUGAUCAUCACAAACCACACAAGUUCAAGAUUUGUUGAAAAAAAA